CCUAGACGGCUCGCGUAUCCAUCCAUCCCUUCGCACAAAAAUAUAAGACCAAGAGUCAGCUAAGAGCUCUCAAGUCUCAUCACUCUCCUUCUCUUGCCCUAUUUCUGUCACCAUGUUAGCAUCACAAGCCAAGCUCUUGUUCACUAUACUUUCCAUCUUCUCUCUCUUUCUACUACUACUAGUAAUUCCCAUAGAACGAAAACCCUCAGCCAAUGGCCGCCGUCGCCACCAACUCCACGUCCAUUCCCACCUGCAAGCCGCCGCCCGGCAUUGCGACGGCACUCUCUACCCAGACCUCUGCGUCUCGACACUCGCCGACAUCCCCAACCUCACCUCCAAAUCCCUCCCCGACGUGAUCGCCGCCGUCGUCAACCGCACCGCCAACGACGUCCGCUUCUCCGCCUCCAACUGCUCUUCCUACCUCCGCCGCCGUGGCUACAUGGACUCCCGCCAGCGCCUCGCCCUCAACGACUGCCUUGAACUCCUCGACCAGACCCUCGACGAUCUCCGCACCGCCGCCGCCGACCUCACCUGCGGCAACGCCUCCGUCCACGUCAGCGACAUCCAGACGGUGCUCUCCGCCGCCAUGACCAACCAGUACACCUGCCUCGACGGCUUCGCCUACGUCAACGGCGGCGGCGUCCGGCCGUCCAUCGAGGGCCGUCUCAACCACGUCUCCCACCUCGUCAGCAACUCCCUCGCCAUGGUGAAAAAGAUCCGUCGCCGGUGGCGGGGAAGGGAGGCGUUCGAGGGGUACGGCGAGGUGGCAGGGGGGUUUCCGACGUGGGUGUCCAGGAAGGACCGGCGGCUGCUGCAGGCGGCGGCGAAUGCGACGUCGCCGAACCUGGUGGUGGCGAAGGACGGGAGCGGGAACUUCACGACCAUCGGGCCGGCGGUGGCGGCGGCGCCGAACAACUCGGCGACGAGGUUCGUGAUCUACAUAAAGGCCGGGGCGUACUUUGAAAAUGUGGAUGUGGCGAAGAACAAGAAGAAUUUAAUGUUCAUCGGGGACGGCAUCGGGAAGACGGUGGUGAAAGCUAGCCGGAAUGUGGUGGACGGCUGGACCACCUUCAGGUCGGCUACUGUUG